AUGCCUGCUCUAGAUGCUAAUAUGCCACAGAACCCUCCAGUGAAGGUGCCCUUCCCUCAGGCUUUGAAAUCUUCUAGGAAGGUACUGGAAAAUCAUGGUGAAAUCCUAGAAAAUUUAAAACAAGUGAAGAUCAACCUUCCUCUCUUGCAUGUGAUCAAACAAGUACCAGCAUAUGCCAAGGUCAUCAAGGAUUUAUGCACCAUGAAAAGAAAACACCAUGUCAAGAAAACUGCAUUCUUGACAGAACAAGUAAGUGCGGUGAUUGAACAAAAGAUACCGAUCAAAUACAAAGAUCCAGGUUGUCCUACAAUCGCUUGCCAAAUUGGGACACAAGGAUUUGGUCAAGCUCUCCUAGACUUAGGCGCAAGUGUUAAUCUCAUGCCUUAUUCAAUUUACUUGCAACUAGGCUUAGGAGAAAUCAAGCCCACAUCUGUGGUGCUACAAUUGGCUGACCGCUCAAUUAAAAAGCCACGAGGAAUAGUUGAAGAUGUCUUGAUUAAAGUUGGAAAAUUCUAUUACCCCGCUGACUUUUUGAUUUUGGACACUCAGUAUGAGGUUACUGAGCCAAAAAUUCCCAUCAUUCUCGGUAGGCCUUUCCUCGCAACAGCCAAUGCUCUCAUUAACUGUAGGAAUGGUCUCAUGAAAUUAUCUUUCGGGAAUAUGACUAUGGAGGUCAACAUUUUUCAUGUUGCGAAACAACCACCAGACGAGGAGGAAGAUUGCUAUCAUACUGAUGUGAUAGACACAAUUGUUGAGGAGGAAGUUCUUUUGGAUGAUGAUUCUGAUUCUUUAAAUGAUCUCCUCCAUGACUUUGAUACUGAAAAUAUGCUUUAUCCACCUGAGGAAGCUAAUGUUUCUUCCAUCCUUGAGAUGUCCCAAGAUGAAGCAUCACCGUCGCAAUAUGAGAAUUUGCGAUUCCAGACCCGAUCUAUGAAACGCUUCUUCGGGUCCAUGUGCGAUAUUGACAAAUUCUGGUAA